GUCAAGGAGAAAUGGAUUCGUCCAUUGGAGAUCGGGGAAACUCACAUGCUGUUGCUUGAUGAUCUUGGAAAAGAACGACUGACCGUUACUCUAAUAGAUGCCAAUCACUGUCCUGGGGCAGUUAUGUUUCUCUUUGAGGGAUACUUUGGCACCAGACUGUACACUGGUGAUUUCCGUUAUACUCCAUCUAUGCUUAGAGAGCAAUGUCUGAGAAACACCACUACCAUUGAUGUGCUGUAUCUGGACAACACAAACUGUGACCCCACUCGAGCCGUACCUUCUCGUCAACAAGCCACUCAGCAAAUUAAAGAGAUCAUUAGGACUCAUCCUGGAUACACUGUGGUUAUUGGUCUUUACUCUCUGGGUAAAGAGUCUCUGCUGGUGGAGCUGGCUAUGGAGUUUAAAACAUGGGUGGAGGUGGAUAGAGAGCGUCUGGAAACUUUGCGUGUUCUGGAGCUCCCAGACGUUUUCACCACUGACUCUGGCGCGGGCCGCAUUCGUGUGGUCGCUCAGUCUAUGAUCAACGCCUCCAACCUGCUGGCGUGGAAUAAAGUGCAGCCUACCAUCGCUAUACUGCCCACCAGCCGCCCCAUGGUCUCCUGUCACACUAAUGUCUAUGUGGUGCCUUACUCUGACCAUUCUUCCUACCAGGAGCUGGAGGACUUUGUGUCAGCCCUGUGUCCCAUCUCACUGGUGCCCAUUGUAGGCAACUGUCUGCCUUAUUUUUCUUCUCUUCUAAACCCUUGCAGGAAAAAGCCCAAAGAGGUGGUGAUUCCAGAGUCGGUCAAGCACUACAUGAUGACCAAUUCUAAUAUUCAGACUUCCACAAAUGGCAUAACAAACAUGCUUCAAAGAACCUUGCGCCCAGAGUCUCGUGGGGUGGUGUUCGAAUCUCCAGAGUCAAAAUUAAGCCGACUUAAUCAUGAUGAUGGAGAUUCUGAGACCGAUCAAGAC